AUGGAAUCUCUUAUCCUUAUCUACAAGUAACGUUUUGAUAGACUGGUAGACUUUUCAUUUUUAAGCUGGGAACUUUCCCAAACUCAUGACAGGAAAAUUUUAAAUCUAGGAGCCGGGCGAUUUGUUUUAUUUGUCCUGCUGGGUGGCGAAUUAGGGACUUCCUUAAUUAGGUUCCUUGUCAAGUUCAGCUCGGAAUGGGAUGCAAGAAAGACGGUCAGCAUAUUCAUUCUAUGUCCAGUCUCAGCUAGAAAAUUAGACGUUCUCUCGCAUUUUAUGUAAAAGCAUUUUUGUUGAUGUUUUUAGCAGCUCUCUUUAGUUCAAUGGACAAAUUGUCCCUUAAUGUAAAAAAGACUCGGUUAUUGAUAUUCAAAGCAAAAAACAAACAAAAAAUAAGCAACAAGGAACAUUAGUUUAGACGGUUCAGGUAUCAAACAGGUAGAAUCAGCUAGAUUCUUAGCAGUUCAUGUAGACGAAAAUAUUAACUGGAAAAUCAUAUAAGUCAUGUUUGCAGCAAAAUUGUAAAACUUUCUGGUAUACUUUGUCGAGCAAGACAUUAUUUACCUCGCGUUGUUAUCCGGAGUCUAUAUAAUGCACUUAUCUACCCAUACCUAAGUUAUCGUAACAUUGCAUGGGGAAAUACGUACACAACAAGACUAGAACCAAUAAGAAGGCUACAAAAGAAAAUUGUAAGGAUCAUUACUUUUUCCAAAUUUAAACAUACUGGUCCUCUUCAAAGAACUAUUGAUUUCACCUUUAGAUGUUAUAAAUAAUGAAGCCAUUGGUUCGUUCAUGUUUAGAUACUUCAAUAACAAUCUACCAUCAGAGACAUUCUGUGGAGCAACUGUUUUGAAAGUUAUGGACCAAAAGACAUUCGUUAAGUGCAGAUGAAGACAUAAGGUGCGUAUAACAGUGUAUAUUCAUGUGUAAACACUUGGAUAGUUUGCCAGACAUGAGUUUAUCAUUCACAAAUCUUUGAUUGGAAACAAUCUGCCAGACACUCUUUCUCUCUCUUUGGGGGAAUAAAACUCAGUCGACAAACAAACAAGACGAGUGAAUCAACGGCUAGAUUAUCACUAGCACAAACGAUGAGCGAUUACUGAAAUUCGCUGAUAAUUACAUCUGUUACAUUCUGUGCUGACGUAUUCCCUGCCCACAGACGUCCUUCUAUAAAGUUUUUUAAAAGUAUUGUCUUAAUAGUUAAAAAGAGAAUAGAAUGGGCGAGCGUGAUUGAUCAAAGCUUUGAAUUUCUAUGGCUCACUUUGCGGCUGAUAAAAUGAACUGUAUGUAAAAUGUGAAAGAGAAAUGACGAAAAACGCCAACCUCUAAUCAAAUCUUUUCUUAUGGCUUAGAAUAAAGUAUUCUCGAAACUGAGAAUGUUUUGAUCAAAACUGUGUAAAUCGAACUGAGUCAGUGCAUGGAACCUUGCGUUUCCUGUCUUAAUCUCACCUAUUGAAACAAUAUGGAAUAUGUGACAGCGACGCGAACGACUUCGUAAGCGCUAAAAGUCAUGCAAGAGAGAAACCUCUGCUCGCAUGGUAUCUUUUCCCAACUUCCGACUUCCGAAUUUAAGACCUCUUCACAUGAGUCUGAUUGACCGGGCUGGCCUGUGUUCAUGAGAGGGCGGGCUGUCUCGGUAACUGGGCUGGAAAUUUUGCCGUAUGAAUACUUCAGCCCGGUUACCGGGAAGAAAGUGGGAUGUAUUCUGGCGGUCCAGAUGGCAUCGUCUUGCAUUACCUGCUGUAUUUUCCACAUCAUAAGCAUCCCAUUUAACUGCAGUGAUACAGCUUGAAGAGUUGCCGAAGCUACGACAGGCGCGAAAGUAAAGCUUUUGUGUUUCGCCAUGUUUGCUUUGUUUCUCAAAUUUGGCGCCAGAACUCGUUCCCGGGGUCUUUGGCCUUUUCUUAUCUCGGAAACCGGGCUGAAAUUUCUCAUAUGAACCAAAAGAGCUUUAUCCUCUCUUGUGUGAACCCAUGGCGGAAUUCAUACCGGUAACCGGGUUCAGGUGAUAAGGUAGCCUGCGUGGCAGGCGUUUGAAAAGGAAGGGAAAGGGAGUCUUACGCGCGAAAGAAACGCGAGGAGGGAGGGAAGGAAACGCCUGCCAGAAGACCGUUCUUUCCGCCAUCCCGCCUACUAAUUAUGUAUGCAAAAAUAACACAGCUGUGAAUGACCAGCUGUCAAAUAAGUCUGGCCGCAAAACACUUAUUUUUAGCUUUUGUUUUGCUAAAACAAGAAAUCUUAAGUGAAGGUACGUACUAUAAAAAAAAAAAGUUCAAAUGCGGUCGUCCGUUGAAAGAAGAAAGUUGCAACGAUGCGUGACUUGUUAUAUGAAAUAAAUCUAUUGACGUCGUUUGCUGAAGGAAACAUGCUGGACGUCGCAACUUGCAUGCAAUGUUUGUCUGAGAAAUACUUAAAACACUUUGUUAGCUCUCGAAUUGGAUCCAGCGCAGCAUACAAAAGAACACUGGUAGCAGGAAAAGAAGAACUGAGCUUCGAAGAUCUACAAGAAAGCUGCAAUCAAUUAUUAAAGUAAGUUCCUGGCGGCCUUAUAACGUCUAUAACAAGCAAGACCAAAAAUCGUCUUCAACAGUCUGGUCGUUGAUAAAGCAUAGCCUGCGUGGUAGGCGUUUUCGGUCAAACGCCAGAUAACAAGGACACAGCUGGCAGCAUGAUAUUUCCUUUCUUUCUUCUAGGGAGUAAAACAAGCCGUUGAAAGAUCGAUUAAGUUACUCAAUAGCGUGAUGUUGAUUUCAACCAAUCGGAUGAAGGUAUUAAGGCUGUGAUUGACAUGUUUUGAAGAUGGACCAAUCAGGAUUUUAACAUUCGCCUGGUGGAUGUUAAAAACGAGAAAUACAAUGGUCUCCUGGCAGGCGUUUCCAUCCCUUCCUCCUCGCGCGCCCCUGGGGUUUCUCUCGCACCUAAAACUUCUCAAACGUCUGCCACGCAGGCCAAUGAAGAGGCCCUUAUACGUGGAGUUUUAGACAUUGUUACUAAGUAUUUGGCUGCGUGACUUGUUAAAGGCGAGGAAAUGGCGUCGUUUCUUAAAACGGGAGGGCAUUACUACAAGAGUUUAGAUGUAUUGAAGAGGAAAAGUGAUCAAUUCGUGCGAAACAUCGGUACAUUACGUAAUCACAUGGUGUCUGCGAUUCAAAGGUUACCACAACAUCGAUCCUGUUUUAACAUAUUGAGCGUUGGAAGUGGAACAGGGAAAGAGGACAUGGAAAUUUUGAAGAUCGUGAAAGAAGAGCUAGAGCGAACACAGGGCCGCGACCAAACCAUGAUUUAUAACCGAGCGAUCGAGCUAAAUGAGUAUGCUUGCGAUCUUUACAAAGCUUCUGUCGAAAUGCUUAACGAUCGACAGAUAGCUGUCGAUGUUCGCUGUCAGAGCUUUGAAGAGUAUAAAGAGCGAGGCGCUAAGGAGCCAGAAGAACGCACGAGGUUUGACGUCAUCCACUUCACACACAGUAUCUACUAUUUGGAUAUCAAAGAAUCUUUAAGUCAUUGCAUCGAGAACGAGCUCAAUGCCAACGGCAGCUUAUUCGUUAUGGUGGGUGGGCCGGACCUCAUCUGCUUGGUUCUAGACAAGCAACGCUUUCCUGACUGGUAUGGAAAGUCAAACGGUUCGGUUCCCGAAAGCUACAACGCCGUGGAGAAAAUAUUAAAGUUUGUUGAGGAGGGUGGCUGGAAAUAUGAAGUCUUCAGCCAUGAAUAUCCGAUUGAUGUUACUGACGUCUUUGAUCCAGAAUCAACUGAAGGAAACCUACUUCUCGACUUCCUGACACACAGUAAGAAUUUUCGUGGCACCGCAGAUGAAGAAGUGGUGAAUGAAACCCUGGCACUGAUAAAGGAUCUCUCGACCAUUAAAGAUGGAAGGCAUUUUGGAAAACUGACGGAAUAUCUUAUUUUUAUCUAUAAGUAA